AUGAAGCUGGAAAUGUUUGUUUAUUUUGCUAUAAUAUUUUUAAUUAUGGAUGAAGCUUUAACACUAAUUUGCCAUCGAAAAGAAUGUACAAACGCACAAGAAUGUUUGUAUGGAUGGGAUACUUGUAACGAUAAAUAUUGUUAUUUGAUUAGAGCCAAAAACACAACAAAUCCCUAUCAAUUUAAUUUACGUAGAGGAUGUAUUGGGGAUCCACCACUAAUUAAAUAUGCAAAUGAAUUGGCACCUUUUAGUUUUCUUAAUCAAUGUCAAAGAAUUUUAUGGAAGGAUAUUGAAUUUUUAAUCAAAAUUUGUGCAGAUACAGAUUAUUGUAAUUUUUGUGAAACGUGGGUAGAAGCUAUUCCUUUAAAAUCUAAUUCUUUAUCUUUAAAUAUUUCUUUUAAUUUUAUUUUGUUUUUAAUAUUUUUUAUUUUCUUUAUAAAAAUAUAA